AUGGCUGAUGAAACAAACUUCCUCCUGGACGAUUGUCGUUGUGCAGACAUUCCUAAUGCUCCUCCAGACAUUCCUAAUGCUCCUCCAGACAUUCCUAAUGCUCCUCCAGACAUUCCUAAUGCUCCUCCAGACAUUCCUAAUGCUCCUCCAGACAUUCCUAAUGCUCCUCCAGACAUUCCUAAUGCUCCUCCAGACAUUCCUAAUGCUCCUCCAGACAUUCCUAAUGCUCCUCCAGACAUUCCUAAUGCUCCUCCAGACAUUCCUAAUGCUCCUCCAGACAUUCCUAAUGCUCCUCCAGACAUUCCUAAUGCUCCUCCAGACAUUCCUAAUGCUCCUGAAGAAAUUCCUAAUGCUCCUCCAGACAUUCCUAAUGCUCCUCCAGACAUUCCUAAUGCUCCUCCAGACAUUCCUAAUGCUCCUCCAGACAUUCCUAAUGCUCCUCCAGACAUUCCUAAUGCUCCUCCAGACAUUCCUAAUGCUCCUCCAGACAUUCCUAAUGCUCCUCCAGACAUUCCUAAUGCUCCUCCAGACAUUCCUAAUGCUCCUCCAGACAUUCCUAAUGCUCCUCCAGACAUUCCUAAUGCUCCUCCAGACAUUCCUAAUGCUCCUCCAGACAUUCCUAAUGCUCCUCCAGACAUUCCUAAUGCUCCUCCAGACAUUCCUAAUGCUCCUCCAGACAUUCCUAAUGCUCCUCCAGACAUUCCUAAUGCUCCUCCAGACAUUCCUAAUGCUCCUCCAGACAUUCCUAAUGCUCCUCCAGACAUUCCUAAUGCUCCUGAAGAAAUUCCUAAUGCUCCUCCAGACAUUCCUAAUGCUCCUCCAGACAUUCCUAAUGCUCCUCCAGACAUUCCUAAUGCUCCUCCAGACAUUCCUAAUGCUCCUCCAGACAUUCCUAAUGCUCCUCCAGACAUUCCUAAUGCUCCUCCAGACAUUCGGUAUUCAUGUGUUAUGUUCUUGUUCCAUAUGUACUUAAUUUGGCUCUGA